CCCUAAUCGGCCAUUACAGAACGUAGGUUAGUCGAGCAUUUCAUGCAUCUGUUGUGUGCGUAGACCGGUUUCCAAGCCCGUCUUCUCAUCCCUCUCUUCAAUUUUAAGUCAAUUUCAUCACGGUUCACUUGGCCCCUUCAAUCCCCUCCCCAACUCGCCCACCACGGCCAAAUCAAAGAACAAGAGCAAGAACAAAAAGCCUGCCGGCUCCCACCCCGGCAGCGGCCAUCCAAAACCACCAUCAGCAUCACAAUCAUCUUCCACCUCCCCCGCCCACGCCGAAGCCUCCGUGUCAGGCGGAUCCAGCCCCACCACCACCAUAGCCAGCACCAUGGAUUUUGACACGGCCGCCUCCCACUGCCCACCGACAGCCGCGCGCAAGCAGGCCGCCAACGUCGAUGCCUUCCUGUCCAAGCCGGGCAUUGCGCGCGCAAACAUUGCCGCGUCGACCGCGGCGCCGGAUGGUAGCCCCGAGUCGGUGGUCAAGUACAAAGAUUACACGGUGCUCCAGCAGCACGUCCUGUUCUGGGACCGCGACGCCGACGGGCUGAUCUCUCCGUGGGACACCUACAUCGGCUUCCGGGACCUCGGGUUCAACGUGCUGUUCUCGCUGCUCGCGAUGCUCAUCGUCAAUGUCAACUUCUCCUACCCGACGCGGCUGGCCGUGUCGUGGUGGCCGGACCCGUUGUUCCGCGUGUACGUGGGCGGGAUCCAUAAGGCGAAGCACGGCUCCGACUCCGGCACGUACGACAAGGAGGGCCGCUUUGUGCCGCAGAUGUUCGAGGACAUGUUCUCCAAGUGGGACGUCCACAACUCCGGCUCGCUGUCGGCGGGUGAGCUGUGGCGCAUGAUUAAGGGCCAUCGGCUGGCCGCCGAUCCGUUCGGGUGGGGCGCUGCCAUCUUCGAGUUUGGCACCACCUGGCUGCUGUUGCAGAAGAAUGGACGUGUGUCCAAGGAGGAUCUCCGGCAGACCUAUGAUGGUACCAUCUUCUGGAAGAUCAAGGAGGCCCGGGAGUCCGGAAAGGGCUGGAACAAGGGCUUUGGUCUACGAGACCUCAUCGCCAUAGGCCAGAGAAAGUCCAAGAGCCACGUCAUGUAGCUAGUUGGAUGUGGGUUUUAGACCUGGGCUAACGGGAUGUGCUGCACCUCGGGUCUCGUGAGCGGGGUGCCGAGCUGACCGAUGGGUUUCUUCUCAGGGGCUAAUGAAGUGAAUUGGUUGCAGGAAGGCAGAUGAUACCUUCAGAGAUGGGUCGUUGUCACCAGCUGGAUGAAGCAAAGUAAAAGUUAAAUGGCUUGGAAGAUCUCGGCACACAGAUCAGAUUGGUGCAACCGCGGUAUUAGCCAACUCAUCGGCCCAACCUGAGAGUAUACAUGGGGUGGCCGGCACACCUUCAAUGUCUCCCUCUCGUCCUCGUGGAGUCAGCAGUCCCUUGACAUUCCCGUUCCAUCAUGCCCGAGUGGUUCCCCCCGCGUGAUCGGAGGAAUCUAGCG